UCAAGUAUCAACACUUGAGUAAAGCAAUAACACUAGCAGGAAUGGCUAAGCUCAACUACAAGAAGAAUGGGAUCGUGAAGCUGAAGGUAGUUGCAGAGAUGUUACACAAGAGUCUUUCUUUAAAGAAGAAAUGGAAACACAAGGAAGCUCGCCAUGGUUCAAACAACGUGCCUGAUGAUGUGAAAGAAGGUCACUUUGCUGUGGUUGCUGAGCACGGUGAAGAACCGAGGAGAUUUGUGGUUCCGUUGAGUUACUUGACGCACCCGAGGUUCUUAAUGUUGUUGGAACAAGCGGCCGAAGAGUAUGGCUUCGACAACAAGGGAGCGCUUACGGUUCCUUGCUGCCCAAGCGAACUCGAGAGGAUAUUAGCUGAUGAGCAGCAGCAGCAGCAAGGGCAAGAAAGGGAGGAUCCUAAUGCUAAUGUCACUUGGGCUACUUCUUAUGAAGCUAUGAUCCAAAGCUAUUGA